AUGAACCGCUUCACCAGCCUUCUCUUCGCCAUCGUCCUAGCCACAGCUUCAGCUGAACUCCGAGCCAAACGUCAAUUCUUGGGUGCCAUUGCCGCCGAAAACGCAGUACGCCGUGCUGAGUUGAACAGCGGUGUAGUCGGCCAAAAACUUCGACGUGAAGCCGCCGUAGACCGUGCUGUAGCCAACGCCAAUGUCGCCAGAGCCGUCACCAAUGCCCAACUUCGCCGUGAAGCCGCUGUGAACAACGCCGAACUCAGACGUGAAGCCGCCGUAGCUGGAACGCUGGCCAACGCUAACGCCGUUCGUGCUGGAACGCUGGCAAAUGUCGAAGCCAUUCAAGUCGCCAACGCCGUUCGCCGUGCCGAAAUCCGCGGCAACCUCGCAGCCAACACCGCCAUCGCCAGAACUGGAAUCAUCGCGGCCGAAAACAAUGCCAGAAUCGCCGCCACCGAAGCCCGAACCAACGCCAAAGUCGCGGUCGCUGAAGCCAAAACCAACGCCCGUGUAGCCGCGGUAGGAGCCCAGACCAAUGCCAGAAUCGCCGAAGCUCAAGCCCGCACCAAUGCCAACUUGGCCACCGCGCAAGCUCGUGCCACUGCUGUCGCCGCCAAAGCUCAAGCCAACGUAGCCGCUGCUCAAGCUCGUGCUCAAACUUUGGCCGCCGAAACCCGGGCCAACAUCGCCGCCGCUCAAGCCAGAACUCAAGCCGCCGUCGCUGAAAGUCGUGCCAGACUAGCCGCCAACUCGGCCGCAAUCCGUGCCAACGUCGCUGCCGCUCAAGCUAAUGUUUUUGCUUAA